CCGUCGGCGGAGAAGCCUGCAUCAGAGCAGGUAAAGAAGGAAGAGGUCGCCGAGCAGGCACCACUCCCGCCUGAGCCAGAAAUGGUAGAGGAUGAUGCCAAGACUGAGACUGGCACUGUGAGGCAGACUUCAGGCACUUGGUUUGGAUGGUGGUCUCGACCGGACGGAUAUGAUAGUAACGGCGAUAAGGUGAAAGAGAGCGGCAAGAUGGCUCUCGAUGGAGCGGUAGAACAGGGGAAACACACGCCACUGCCUGCAACCCCUGAACAGACACCACAAGAGCCAGCAGUGGCACAGGCCGAAGCACAGCCGGAGGAAGAUAUGUCGGGUCAGUUGCAGCCCGAGAUGAGUGCCAAGUAUGGCUCAACAAGGUCGUGGUUUGGUCUCUGGAGCAAUACUCAGAAUCGACAGGCGGCAGUAGAAGAACAGCAAAGAAUAGAAGAUGAGCAGCAAGAAGCAGGUCAACCUCCAGCGCAGCAGAAAGAGCCAGAAACUGCUCCGGAUGUGGCCGUAACAGCAGAUGCCAGCAAGACAGCAAAUCAUGUCAAAGAUAUUGAGCCUUCGAAGCGAAAAGACUAUGAAGAGCAACCAAAAUCAUCCGGCUGGGCGUUCUGGUCGAAAGAAAAGACCAAGGACAGCACCAAAGGCGAAGAAGAGACACAGAAGCAGGUUGGAGAAUUGGCUGUAGCAGACACACCAUCGCAGAGCCACCCAGAGGCUGCCCAAUAUAACCAGCAGCCGGACCGCAAAGUAGAGGUGAAGCAAAGUGGAUCUCUAUUGCGACGUAAACGUGGGCGGCCGGAGUCGAAGCAGGUCUCUGGCGAGACAACGGCUGCUGCAACUCCAAUUGGAUCACAGCCGCAAACGCCAGCAGGGACACAAUUUCACACGCCAAUGGAUACUCCGGAAGGCUCGCCGGCACCUGUGCAAAGGGGCAAGAAACCACAGCUGCGGCCCAAUAUGAUAUCACCAUCUUUCCGUGAGACCUACCCAAAGGUGGCGCAUCAUGGUUAUCUCGACCGACUCACACACUACAUUGGCCAGUCGCUACGCUUAACAGAGGCGCGGAAACCUGUGGUGCAUCCGUGUAUUUCAGAGCAGCCUCACAAAGUGAAGAAAGCCAUAGCGAUCGGCAUUCAUGGCUUUUUCCCUGCCGCGCUGCUGCAGAGAGUGCUUGGUCAACCUACGGGCACAUCGAUACGCUUUGCAAAUUAUGCUGCAGCGUCCAUCAAACAUUGGUGUCAGGAGCAUCAACCGAAUGUCAAAGACGUCGAGGUUGAGAAGGUUGCACUCGAAGGAGAAGGUCUUGUAGGAGACCGUGUGAAUACGCUGUGGAAGCUGCUGCUUAAUUGGCUAUCACAUCUCCGUCAGGCAGACUUCAUUCUAGUUGCAUGCCAUAGUCAAGGUGUUCCAGUGGCUGUAAUGCUCGUUGCUAAACUCAUUCAGCUUGGCGUGCUGUCAUCCAACGCACGAAUAGGCAUGUGUGCCAUGGCUGGCAUCAAUCUGGGUCCCUUCCUUGAAUACAAAAGCCGGUUCUAUUCCGGCUCCGCCCUUGAGCUUUUCGACUUUUGCGACAGCAAAUCCAGAGUAUCGCUCGCCUAUACCGAUGCACUCGAGGUCUGCCUCCGACACGGCGUCCGAAUCACCUUCGUCGGCAGCCUGGAUGAUCAGCUCGUAGGCCUAGAAUCAAGUCUGCACACACCGCUCAAUCAUCCAUACGUCAGCCGAGCUAUCUUCAUUGACGGACGACUCCAUACAUCAAACUUCCUCAUCCAUCUGGUGAGCUUCGCUGCCAAAUUACGCAAUCUGGGCGUGAGCGAUCAUGGCUUGAUUCGAGAGAUCUCCGCUCCGCUGGCAGGCAGUAUCGUCGGCGGUGAAGGCCAUAGCAGAGUCUACGACGAUCCGGCUGUUUACAGGACAGCAAUCGAAUUCGCUUUGGAGAGCACCGAUUUAUCGCCGUCGAUCUUCGCAGCGCUUAGACCAACAACGGCAGAUGAGCAGCGUAAAAGCAUGGAAGAUGCCGCAUCUCGUCGUUCCUCGCUUGCUGGCUAUCCCUCAAAUAUGGUCGUAGCCAAUCACAUGCGGCGAGGAAGCUUGGGCGCUCUCAGCCUGGUACCGCAAGGCAUACUACCCGUCAUCGCACCUUACGAGGCGCUGGGAGCUGCUGGAUCUGCUGAGAAGAAUCCCUUUAUGCUGCCAUGGGCUGUCAGAGGUAUGCUUGAAGAGGACAUUGUCAAGAGUGAUGGCAGGCUGCAGGCGGAAGUGAAGGAACUCGUCCGAGAGUUUGAGGAGUGGAAGCCUACGAGCAAAGUUCUCAAAGACGUGAGAUGGAGAUUAGAGGGUGUUCGCAGCAUGCUGUGAAGAUGUAAAUUUUGGCCCUUUUUUUGUUCUAUCCUACCACAUACACAUCAGGAUUCAGCGUUCAGCGCGGUAUAGAUGAUGAAAUGAGGCGGUAGUAUUCUUAGCGAGGCGUUGUGGGAUAUUUAAGCACAAAUGCAGAUAGAUGGACCACGAGGAUGAAUGGAAAUGGAAAGCGUCUCG